AUUCCCAUCACCUACCCACAGGCCUGACCCUACAUCUAAUAAUCCCUUUAACCUAAUCCUAGCCGUCCAUUUAUAAAACUAUUUAUGGCCACAUGAUCAGGCAACAUCCAACGGCUUAAGGCAAAAUUGCCAGAACCUUCUCACCAUCCAACCCCCCUCUAUAUCUCACUGUCUCCCCCUCUUUUCAAUUCUCCACUCUUAGCUUGUGCUUAGCUCGUGCCUGUCUUGCGCUAGGGUUUGAAUUUCUCAUUUCCAGUGUCUCUAAGCUCAGAAUCGCAGAAGGAAAAAUGACCAAGAACUACCCGAAAGUUAGUGAAGAAUACCAGAAGGCCGUUGAUAAGGCCAAGAAGAAGCUUAGAGGUUUCAUCGCUGAAAAGAAAUGCGCUCCUCUCAUGCUCCGUAUCGCAUGGCACUCAGCUGGAACAUACGACGUGAAGACCAAGACUGGAGGUCCAUUUGGAACCAUGAGGCACGCGUCGGAGCUGGCCCAUGCUGCUAACAAUGGGCUAGAUAUUGCCGUUAGACUCCUUGAGCCCAUCAAGCAACAGUUCCCUAGCCUCUCCUAUGCUGACUUCUAUCAGCUUGCUGGUGUUGUUGCUGUUGAGAUUACUGGUGGGCCUGAGAUCCCAUUCCACCCUGGAAGAGAGGACAAGCCUGAACCACCUCCAGAAGGUCGUCUGCCUGAUGCUACCAAAGGUUCUGAUCACUUGAGGGAUGUCUUUGCCAAAACCAUGGGUCUCAGUGACAAGGAUAUUGUUGCUCUCUCUGGGGGCCACACCCUGGGAAGGUGCCACAAGGAGCGCUCUGGUUUUGAAGGUCCCUGGACUACGAACCCACUCAUCUUUGACAACUCCUACUUCACGGAGCUAUUGACCGGAGAGAAAGAAGGCCUUCUACAAUUGCCAAGUGACAAGGCUCUUAUUGCUGAUCCCGUCUUCCGCCAAUAUGUUGAAAAAUAUGCUGCUGAUGAAGAUGCAUUCUUUGUUGAUUAUGCUGAGGCCCAUUUGAAGCUCUCAGAGCUGGGAUUUGCUGAGGCCUAAGCCUUUGUUUGUAUGUAGAGGAUGGUGCCGACAACCUGCAUGCCUUUUAGUUCUUAUGUGUUUCUUGUAACUGGGGAAGUUUGGUUUUAGGCAGUGGGUUGGUUGAUGGAAUGCUGGUCUUUGCUUCUUUUGUUGCAUAUGGUGAUGGAUUGAAAGUUGGAUAGCAUGUUUGGUACUCCUUUAUGAUAAAAUAAUAGAAGCUUAUGAAAUUAUGCAUGUAA